AUGCGUUUAUCGUUUAUCCUUCAAGCUGCUGCGAAAAGUGGAAGACAAUUACUUGUUAAUUGUGAAUCUCAAGCAACUGGUCAUCGUGUAAUGCGUAUACGUGAACGAACACAAGAUAAACUUGAAUUUUUACAUAAAGAUCCAUGGCUUGAUCAAGAAGUUUUAUACAAAGAAACAAGAAAAAUAAAGACAUUAGAAAAACAAAAAAUUCGUGAAAUACAUCUUAGUCGAUUAACAUGA